CUUCAGUGAUGCACUCCAUAAGUUCUAGUAAGCCCUAACUUACUUCAACCUAAAUUGGACCAAAUGUGUAUAUAUAUUUCAGCCAAUGAGGCCGUAAAGCCAGCUCCUUCCAUGCCUUAGCUCUCUUUACAAACAUCAUAUUUGACAGUCCAGCCUGUACUAAGUAAAUCUCCUUUAUAGACCAUUGAAAUCCGGAUAAUUAUAUACUCUACCAGUUCAACGAAGCUAUUAUUUGACAACCUAUCAUAUAUCUCUACAAGUAUAUUGUACAGAUGCUUUCUGCCUCAGGCGUCAAAUACCAAACAUGUGAAACAAUGUCACACCGCCCCGCCAUCUCCGCCCGGCAAAAAAAGUAAAUUUCCAAUUUUGCCGAACUUUUUUCCCCUAUCAUUGUGGUUCAUUUAUCUUUCCAUCUGGUUGUUUGUUUUCUUCUUGGAACUUAUCCUGUUUUUGGCUUAUUCGGGAUUCAUAUCAUUGCCUAACGUCCUGUCAACUUCCCAGUUUCCACAUUUAUCUCAGUCCACGGUGACUGCUAUUGACAAAAUGGGCGACAAGAAGCGCAAGAUCAUCGAGAAUAACCCUGGGGAAGCCAUCCAACCAGAGGGAAAGAAGGCAAAGCGUGAGGAAAAGAAGGAGAAGAAGCGCAAGUCUAAGGAUGUUGUGGAAGAUGUAAAGGUGGAGGAGACCAGUGUUGAGGAACCAACUAAGCCGGACAAGAAGGAGAAGAAGGACAAGAAAGAGAAAAAGGAGAAGAAGGACAAAAAGGAAAAGAAGGAGAAGAAAGAAAAGAAGGAGAAGAAAGAAAAGAAGGCAAAGAAGGAGGAGGAGGGAGAGAUCCAAGAAGAUGCGUCCGAGGUAAAUGGCGCCGAGGAAGAGAAGCAGGAAUCCGCCGACGCAAUGGAGGUGGAUGAGAAGCCAGCCGAAGGGAGCGAAGAAAAGGCCCAGGCGAAGAAGGAGAAGAAAGAGAAGAAGAAAGCCAAAAAGGAAAAGAAGAAGGCGGAGGCUGCAGAGGCCCAGGAUCAUGAACAGAAACAGGAGUCCAACGAGCAGCAAUCUCAGGCUGAACCUGCUGAGAAUGAUAACUCUAAGCAGAGAGGUUCUCGAUUCAUUUGCUUCGUUGGAAACCUCCCAUACUCUGCCAACCACGAGUCCUUGUCCGAGCACUUCGCAAAGAUUGCUCCGGUCUCUGUACGAGUUGCUACACAUAAGGACAAGCCCACCAAGAGCCGUGGAUUCGGCUUCAUCGAGUUCGAUAACUACGAUCGCAUGAAGACCUGCCUCAAGUUGUACCACCACUCGAUGUUUGAUGAUAAGAAAUACCCCCCUCGCCGGAUCAAUGUUGAAUUGACUGCCGGCGGUGGCGGUAACACCGACAACCGCAAAGCCAAGAUCGAAGCAAAGAACAAGAAGCUCUUUGAAGAGAGGCAGCGCAAUGCCAAGAAUAUUCAGAAGGAGCGGGAGGUGAAAACCCAGGCCGGGGAGACUGGUGGUGAUUUUGCGGGUGUGCACCCCAGCCGGCUGAGUCGCAUGGCAUAGAUUCUCCUUCCCUCGAGAUUCUCGCCUUCACUUUCAUGUACGCUCAUGUUGUGUUUGUUCUUGUAUUCAGUUUAGAGAUAUCCUUUCCGUUCUCU